AUGGCGUCCUUCCGCACAAACAGCCUGUUCAAUGUUUCAGGAAAGGUAGUGCUUAUCACAGGAGGAAGCCGUGGGAUUGGAAGAAUGAUUGCCACAGGAUUCGUCGCGAACGGUGCCAAAGUCUACAUCACGUCGCGCUCUGCGACAGACUGCGAGGCCACCGCCAAAGAACUCAGUGCGCUCGGGCCUGGGUUGUGCUACGCCAUUCCCGCGAACCUGCAACACUAUGAGCAGGUGGAACAUCUUGUGAAAGAAUUGUCUGCACACGAGCAGGUUCUGCAUGUACUCGUCAACAACGCAGGCGCCGCGUGGGGUGAUACGAUCGAGGAUUACCCUGAUUCUGCUUUCACCAAAUUGCUCACACUCAACUUACAAAGAGUCUUUACUGUCACUCAAAAGUGCCUACCCCUUCUUCGUGCAGCUGCUGCCCAGGGUGGAAUGGAUGGGGAAGCCUAUAAAGACCCUGCACGGAUCAUUAACAUUGGUUCCGUUGAAGGCUUGCGUGUGCCGAACCACGAAACGUAUGCUUACUCGGCAGCUAAAGCAGGACUUCACCAUCUCAGCGAACACCUCGCUGGUCGGCUUGGAUGGGAAGGAAUCACAAGCAAUACCAUCGCUUGCGGGCCUUUCGAAAGUAAAAUGAUGGCAGAAACGCUUCGGACUCAAGGAGAAAUUAUCAAGAACCUGAUUCCCCUCCAUCGCAUUGGCACCCCAGAAGACGUUGCCGGUGCUGCUAUUUUCCUGUCAAGCCGUGCAGGAGCACACGUCAACGGUGCGACAAUCGCAGUGGAUGGUGGACAGACUGUUGCGAUGCAGUCCAUGAAUAUCGCGAAACUUUAA